CCAACCCCUUUCCGGAAAUGAAUGCUGCAAAGUGUCGCAAACUCACCAUCGGCUGUACUAGGGAAGUCGCUGUGCAAAUGGCAAAUUGUGAUCUCUGUAUAUAGCAGUUUUAGAAACAUAACUCAAUGUAUAUUUCGGUACAUGACCACAACAGGUAAAUGCAGCAUGGAGGAAAUGGAAGAAGAGCGUUUAGAUGACCACAAUCACAACUAUCGUGAUGGCACCAGAGAUGCUUACACCUUCAUGAGAGCACAACUGUCAAAUGAAGCCCAACUUUUCUGCUCGCCCAUGAUUAGCACAGAACCUACGGGGUCUUGCGGUGGAAUUCCGCCCAGACGAGAACCACGGUACAUGGAUUCUGAUUCUAGUAGCAUCAGCAGCGAAACAAGCGACACAGACAGUCCCGGUGCUUCGGGGUCCACGCCUGGCAAACUAACCCUCAACUCGGCUACAAAGUUUUUAAUGAAUUCAAUGACUGUAGAGGAUUAUAAGAAUAUUUACUGGCCAAAGCUGGAGUGUGCAAUAGAGCACCUGCUGACACAGAGCCCCUCCGACCACAAUUCCAUAUCGUAUGAACAGAUAUACAGCCAUGUCUAUAAAUGUGUAUGUCAGCAACAUUCAGAACUACUCUACAAUGAUUUGGUAUGGAAGAUUUCCAGUCACCUUGAUCAGGUUUCUGCUCAGCUCUUGGGCACUCCAUCUGAUGGUUUCAUUGAAAGUUUUAACCUCGCCCUCACUCAGUACACAGCGGCUCUGCAGUGCAUCGUUCCUGUAUUCAUCUACAUGAACAAGUUUUACAUUGAAAGAAAGCUAAACCAGGACCUAAGGGAUAUUCUUAUGAGGCUUUUCUCUGAUCACAUUGCAGAGAAACAUGUGAACACGUUAAUACCUCUUCUCCAAAAUGCCCAUUCCAUGCCUUUUCAAGUCAGGCCAUCAACAAUGGCUAAUGUUGUGAAGGGUCUCUAUGCCCUUCGACCAGAAUGGUCCAAUCUCGCCCCAGCUCUUUUUUCCCAAUUCAUUCCUCAAAUCCAUCCUCCGGCUGUGGAAUCACAGCUUUCUGAUUACGCUGCCCAAGACCAGAAGUUGCAGAUGGAGCUCUCUCAGAAGGGUUUCCCCAGGGGGGACCAGUCACGCAAGAGAGCAAGUGAGGAAUCCUAGCAGUUCACACUACAUGAAUUUAAUCAUUUUCAGAAAGAAGUACAUAUUACAGAAGAGUUGACGAAGCACACUGGCCUCUCUAUCCACACAGGCUGUCUCUGCAUCACCUUAUUUACAUCACGUUACCAUGACGAUCCUUUAGAUGCUUGUGUCAACGUUUAGUUGACGAGAGCUCACUCUAUACCUGUCAGUUAUUCUCAGGAUUGUUUAUCUGAUGUCUCGUAACACAACACAAAACUGGUUGAUUUACCUUUGAUGAUGAUUUGUAUGAUUUGCCAUUUCAACAAAAAGAAGUUUGUCCUGAUGUUGAAGGCGUGCCUUUUUGUAUAAUUAUGUAUACUCCAAAACAAAUUCUCCUUAAUUUAUAGAUUCCCUGCAUCAUUGUAAUAUUUGUUUUGUGCAUACUCAAUCUGUCCAAUCUGUUUUGUGCAUACUCAAUCUGCUUUUUUUACACUACCACCGAGUGCAUUAAGGACAGCUCUGGAACAGCAGUAUGCAAGCUGUUGAAUGCAGUUGUAGAGUUUUAGUGUUAGUAGCUUUGUAGAGGUCUUCAACAUGUUUUGUGGCUUAGUAUUGAGAAAUCAUACUUCCUCACGAGAUACCUCAAAGAAUUUGAACCUAAAUCAACUAAAUCGGCAGACAUUCAAGAUGGCAAGUUUGACUGGAGCAUAUAUGCUGCUGUCAUUUACUUUUGUUAAAGCAUUCAGAAUGUGAUUCUCUGUCAUAUCAGGAAAUGUGACGGAUAAUAGCAUUAGUGUUUAUAACUGUUGUGAAAAUGUUCAAAUGUCCUUGCAUGCCACAUGUGAAAGAUUGAUUACACGGUAUGCAGCACUAUAAGCUAACAGGGAUUUGAAUAUGAAAUUCUUGACCGAUGAUAUCCAAUAUGAAAACUGUGUUGUAUUGAUCAUUGAUGGAGGAAAUUAUAUUUUGUUAUAUUCAUUCAUGUGUCUUAACAUUUGGGUUGCCAAAUUCUGAUUUGUUUUUGUUUUGUUUGUUUGGAUAUGUUGUUUUUUUUUGUGUUUGAUUUUUGUUUGAUUUUUGUUUGAGUUUGUGUUUUAAAACCCUCAGUCAAUUGUGUGUUCAGGGAGGUAUUCCAAAAAGAUUUAGUGACAAACCUGUGUAAGUUAACUCAGAGUCAGUGGUAAACCUCCUAAUAGAAGAGCCCUAUGGCUUUGUUUUGCUAGGAGAAUUAAGCCCUAGAGAAGCCAUUUUAGGAGGUUUACCACUUCAAGUUAACUCACCCAGGUGGAGUACCCCCAGGUAUUUGCACUGUUUUAGGUGUAAUCCAAUGCCAAAGUACUGCUUACCAUUGUUUUCUUUAUAGAAUGUUGUGGACUCACCUAUGUUCUAAUCAUGUGUAGUUUGACUACUUGUUUCAAUUAAACACACUUGAAAGUU